AUGCGAUGGACAAGGGUGACGUUGGCACCGAGCAAUGAAGUCGUACCAGCGCCGCGCAGUGGCCACGCAGCAGUGUGCCUGCCUGAUUCCCGGCACGUCGCAAUAUUUGGGGGGGGCAGCGUUUCGCGCUGCCUGGAUGAGCUGUGGAUCCUGGACACAGAGGUCUGGGUGUGGAUUCUUGUGGAGCAGGAGGGAGAUCCCCCUUCUGCGCGAGCUGGGCAUGCGGAUGUCCUCGUGGACGGAUAUUGGGCGAUCAUCGGAGGCGGGGACAACGACGGGGGCUGCCGCGAUGUGUCUGCUGUCAAUGUCGAUGACCUCCUGCGACCCACAGAUGAUGGCGGUGCCCUUGCAGUGUGGGAGAGGGCAUGCAUCCUGAAUCCCGACUCGCACCUCGCAUGCGAAGGGCAAACUGUCUGUGCGUGGACGUCUGGGUCAUCUAUCGUGGCGUUCGGUGGAUACGACGGCUCUUAUCGGAAUUCGGCAAUGAUCUUGAAGCUCAGGGGACAGAACCAGGCGGAUGUGCCUGAGCGUGGUGAACAGGAAUCUGUAGCGUCCGAUCCUUCUAGGAACGGUCACGAGGAGCGCGGUGCCUCGCAAGUUGAGUCGCCAGUCGCCGGCGACGGCAGCAACGAGGACGUCACGAGCCUGAAGGCCGCGCUGAAGGACGAACAAGAUCAGAAGCUUGCCCUGAAGCAAAAGGUCGCGGAACUUGAGCGCCGGGUUGAGGAGCUGUCAGGGUUGGAGGUAGAGCUGGAACGGCACCGUUCAAUGAUCGAAAUCAUGCAGCGGAAGAUUCAAGAGGAGGAGAGCCAUCCGCGCGCGGCCUCAGCUCGCUCAAUCUGGAGCAUUAUCUCUGGGCAGAACUGA